AUGAAAUCUUCAUGCAAUGAAAAAGAUUCGGUAUUCAACUUUUCAAUUCCAGAAUUUACAUCUGAUGGGGAAUUCCCGAUUAUUGCAGUUUUAAAUGAUACUUAUGGGCAAAGUUCAACAUUCCCUGUCAAGCUUGAUGUCAUGAAUUAUCCACCAGAAGUUGAAAUUGUGAACAAAGAAAAAAUUGAAAAAUCUGUCUUCGUUCAAAAUGAAACAGUUAUAAUUACUUAUAGGAUCAGAGAUAAUAACACAGAUGAUUCUUCAAAAGUUUACAUAGCAAUUUAUAAUAAUAACUCUAGUAAAACAGAUAACAAUGAACCUUACAUUAUAUUAGAAACAUCUAAAUACUGGACAGAAUAUAACUACUCGUUUGAAAUACCAAGCAAUUUCAGUGAUGGUGAGUAUACAUUUGAUAUUUACUUAGUUGAUAAGAAUGGCAAGAAAUCAAAAAUUUCCAAUGCUUUAUUGAAGAUUGAUUUCUCUAAAGCGCAAGAUGGUUCAGUUAAUUUGUUCCUUAUAGAAGUUGAAAGGAAAUGGAUCAUUAUUGUGGUUGUUUCAGUAAUUGUAAUGAUAGUUCUAUUGAUUGUCUUAAUCAUUAUCAUUCUAUUAAUUCCAUGUGGUGAAAAAGAAAAGCAAGAAAUGGAAGAAAUUGGAGAAGAACCCGAAGAUUGGCCAAGUGCGUCUGAUUCUGGUGAAACAGUGUCUAUUGAUUCAGAUGAAAUAGUUGAAUAUAAUGCUCAGCCAUAA